AUGCGCAUCUCACUCGCCUGGUUGGCCAUCGCCUCGCUGGCGUCGGCCACCCCCGCGCCUGUGUACCCGGGGUACAAGGUCGUCUGGUCGGACACCUUCGGCGGGAAGGCCGGCGCAUCCCCGGACAAGGGCCGAUGGAAUCUGAUCACCGACGUACAAACAAAUGGUGAAGUCCAAACCUACACCACCUCUAGCCAAAACCUGCAACUAUCUGGCGGCGACACUGUUCAGCUCGUCCCGCGUAAGUCCAAAUCCGGCAAGUGGACCUCCGCUCGCAUCGAGACCAAGAGCACCUUCACACCCUCUGCCGGCAAAAUCACCUCGUUCGAAGCCGUCAUUCGCUUUGGUGACAACGGCGCCGGCCAAAAGCAAGGCAUCUGGCCCGCCUUCUGGAUGCUCGGUGACGCCGUCCACCACGGAACCCCUUGGCCCCUAUGCGGCGAGCUCGACAUCAUGGAGAGCGUCAACGGCUUGCCGACCGCCUACGGUACGACGCACUGCGGCAAGGGCGAGAAGGGCGGGCCUUGUAACGAGCCGAACGGGCGCGGCGGAUCGGUUGGGUCGGAUAACGGUUGGCAUACCUGGACUCUGCAGGUCGACCGGACCAAUGGUGGUGACUGGAGAGGGGAGGUGAUCCGGUGGCUGAAGGACGGACAGGUGUAUCACUCGAUGUCCGGGGCAGACAUUGGGGACCAGGGGAUCUGGGCCACGCUGGCCCACUCGCCUCUGUUUAUUAUCUUGAAUGUGGCGGUUGGCGGGAGCUGGCCCGGCGCGCCUAACGGUAACACAGUCGGUAGCUACGGCAGCAUGAUGGAGGUUGAGUACGUGGCAGUGUACAAGUCGACUUAG